AUGUUUGGCAAGAAAAGAUCCAAGUCGUGUAAUGACCUUCCCACAACGAUGGGUGUAAGGAAGAAUCAGGUAGGCACAUUUCCAACCCCGUAAACGCCGGCUUGAAAUCAAGACAUGCUGGGAGUUGUCAGCAUGUGAUUUGGCUGUGCAGUUGUAAAUUGGAGAAGGUAUUAUGGGCAGCUAUGUCAAACUUUAUUGAACCAUUUACCGGAUUCCACAGGUUAUCGAAUAGUUUCGUUAUUGCAAUCAAGGUUCCAACAUCACACAGAUUAUUGGUAUCGCAAACCUCAUUGGGAUUGGUAGCCAUGUUUUCUUGCACAGUUAAUUCAAGAAAAAUUUCAGAAGACUUCCGCUCUGAAGAAGCUACUGAGGGAUCUGCCCUUGGAAUUGAGAGACAAUAUCCUGAAUAGGGUAGCUCUUCCUCAGAAAAUCGACUUUGUUGAUCCCGAAGAUUCAGAGUGUUUGAAUAGAAUCCAACGAUCUUUUAGAGCCAAUGAUAUCAUCCCGAGGCUCGGAAGGGACACAAAUUGGGGGUUUGAAUUAAAGAGGUUUGUUCUGAUUACUCGAAGCACAUGCCCUGUCAGAACCCGUUGUAUAUAUGUGUAUUAUUUAGCUUCGUAUCUUCCCUACCAUGUGUGUUAUCAUACAACAGGCGAUGCGGCACCAGAAAGGCAGACAUCGAUCAACGCAGCGGAAUUCAACUUACCGGUUUGAAGAUGGAGCAUACACAGUACUGUUCAUCCAUCCGCAGCUAUUUGAAAUUUAUAAUGAAAGUCGCUAAGGGCACAGAGGGAGAUGGCUCCAAGAAGACUAUGAUUCUGAAACACAAGGUUAAGCGCAACAAGAUUAUUGAAAGGUAUUCGAAAAAUGAUUACUGCGAGUUUUAUAUUGGAAACAACUACGACCUUGCCGUCAAUCACGGCAAAGGAGUCAAAUAUUAUUCAACGAAAAUGGUACUUUCCAUUCCUUUUCACGUUAGAUCAAACCUUUAUUAUAGGACAUCGGUCGCGUUCUUCAAAUUGCUAUCGACGAAAACGACAUUAUGUAUUACGGAGCAAUGCAACAAGGUGGUUUUAUAAAUUUUUACCGAAAACACCUUGCAUCUCAUGGUAAAUUCAAGUUGUUCUACACGACUCGGCCGCGCUUGAUGAUUUCCAAUUUAGCUGUUGCCAACGAUAAACUUUUUUUUGGAGGAAUGCCGAUUGAUGGCCCACAAAGAGCCUUUUGCUAUGAUAUGAACACGAAAAAAGAGUAUACGAUGGUGUGGCCGGAUCUGAGUUUGGUAUGUUUAUUCCCAAUUCACAGCUAAUAGAUAUAUAUAUUAGACUCUUAGGACCCUUUCCUAUAACUAAAUGAAUACGUUUUUAAGUCAUACAACCUCUCGAUUUCAGUGUUUCGUAAUGAUUGCUCACGGCGAUUCUGUGCUGGUCACCAAGAAGAGAAUCGGCACCAGUAAAAACACAGAAUUCGUUAUGUUGUCGCUGGAGAAUGACGAGAUUGUGCGACGAAAUUUGAAUUUGUCUUAUCGCAGGCUUCAGCAACUUAAUAGAGACACCUAUCUCAUCCUUGUGGAUGAAGGCCCGGCAAGAUUUUCGUUGAAGGUAGGAUGAAUGUAAAAAAGCAAAAGAUUACAUUUUAGACUUUCUCCAUCAUUGAAGGCCAGCCCAUAGUUCGAUUCGUGCAAUACUGCCACGAGGAUAGUAUCUUCCGCCGAAUCGGCGACCAAUUCUUCUUUGUUUUGGAGCCGAGUAAACGCAACAUUUGGUAUCAGGAAACUCCUGGAGGUAAACGGGUUUGUAACGGAUAAGUUUAUUUUUAGAUGCGCUAUUUCUUAUAUAUUCCGAUAAUGAGAAAACAAACAUAUGGGAUCGACGCUGCCUCAUCUUAUUCUCUACUCCAGGGAAGCGUCGAAAGAGCCUUUAA